AUGUUAAUUCAUUUCAAGCAGUGUCAAAACUCAAAAGACGUGCAAUUGAAAAUAAAAUGCCAUAACAUUGAACCACCUAAAAUGUUCUUAAUAUUGAGGGCUGGAAAAAAAAAGUAUAAUGCUGUAAAACUUUUAAAGAAGCAGAAAAACCAUUUUGCCGUUUCACCCGAAAACGAAGAGCAACGAGAUGUGCCAUAA